AUGCUGAUGGACGCCUACCGCAACGAACGCCCUGGAAUCCGCAUCGCCUACAGAACGGACGGUCAUCUGCUGAAUCACCGGCGCAUGAACUUCCAAUCGCGUGUAUCCACAGCCACCGUGCACGAACUCCUCUUCGCUGACGACUGCGCCCUGAACACCGCCUCGGAAGAGGAGAUGCAACGGAGCAUGGACCUGUUCUCCGCCGCCUGCGAGAACUUCGGUCUGGUCAUCAACACGCAGAAGACGGUGGUGAUGCACUAACCGCCGCCCAACUCAGCCACAGGCCCCAACGCGCCGCCGCAAAUCAGCGUGAACGGAAAUCAACUGCAAGUGGUGGAGAACUUCCCGUAUCUGGGCAGUACCCUCUCCCGCAACACCAAGAUUGAUGACGAAGUCGCCAACAGGAUCUCGAAAGCCAGUCAAGCCUUCGGACGCCUCCGAAGCACAGUUUGGAAUCGCCACGGUCUCCAACUGCGCGCGAAGCUGAAGAUGUACAAGGCCGUCAUCCUGCCGACGUUACUGUACGGAGCAGAGAACUGGACGGUGUACACGAGACAGGCACGCCGACUGAACCACUUCCACCUCAGUUGUCUCCGCCGCCUUGUGCACCCACUAAUUACUCCCCAGCCGACAUCUACGCCACCGUCCUUACCACCCCUCACUCCUCCCCUUCCACCUCCUCUUCAUCCAUCACUGCCACAACGACGGCCGCUUCGGCGUCUGUCGCCCACGACCUCACCACAGCCGAACCUGACACAACAACAGGCACAACCCCUGCAACCUCCAUCAUCAGAUGUGAGGGCCAGGACUACAUCUGCCCUCACUGCGAUCGCACCUUCACUUCACGCAUCGGCCUGGUCGGUCACUUGCGAAUCCAUCGUACAGAGACUGGCGAACCAGUGCCUGGAGCACCAACCUACACUCACCGCACUCGCCUCCACUGCCCACACUGCCCUCGCACCUACACGCAUCGCAUGGGUCUAUUCGGCCACAUGCCCAUCCACGAGAGCGGAAUUGACCACAAUUCCGAUACAACCACGACAUCCAACACAUACACCACGUCCAGACCAAUCCUCGCUCCACCGUCACACGCGCCGACCACCACCACCGGCACCACUGCUUCCUCUACAGCUGACACCGACACCGCCAACCUCUCAUGCCCACAUUGUUCACGCACCUUCACCUCACGCAUCGGCCUGGUCGGUCACUUGCGAAUCCAUCGCACAGAGACUGGCGAACCAGUGCCUGGAGCACCAACCUACACCCACCGCACUCGCCUCCACUGCCCACACUGCCCUCGCACCUUCAUGCAUCGCAUGGGUCUAUUCGGCCACAUGCGCAUCCACGACGACCUGCGGUAG